UUCAGUUUAAAAAUACUUGGUUCAUAAAUCAAAAUUCAAAUUUUCUGUUAGAAAAUAGAAGUGAAGAGUUUAAAAAUCAGUUAAGUUCAGAAUCAUGCUUGGUAAUGCCUAGAGGCCUCAGAAGGUAAUUUUCCUCAAGUUUUCACAAGCUCACGACUGCAGUGCAGCUUAAAGAUUCCCUUAAUGUCUGGCUUUAGAGUAUUAUGGUCAUAAAGUAUGUUUUCUUAACAAAGUGGCAGGUGAAAAAUUCUAUUCUAUAUUUAGGGUAUUUUACCACACUUAAGAGCUCACACCAGAGAAGUCACAGCGUUUAACCAAACAGUUUUUACUAAGGUCUUGGUACAGCUGAUGCUUAAAUGUCAUCAGUAUUGGAAGCGAAGGAUGUUGGAUGCACAUUUUUUUCUUAGCAGAAUAUUCUACUGGUCUGGUCCUGGUUCAGUUAUUAUCUCUAUUUGGAUUCUCAAAUCUGUAAUUUAAGACUAACAUGAACUUCAGAUUUAGUAUAUUCAACUGUGUUCUGAAAAUACUAAAAAGCUGCCCUCUGGCAAACUAAGUAUGAAUUCAAAAUGGAAGUCAUCCAGCCCCUUUCAUUGAGAACUUGCCUUCUGUAUUGCUAUUGACAGCUGCCAGAGCAUCUGAAGCCCCAACUGGUCUUAACAGCUUGAGGUCAAGGCAUACCAGUACUUAUCACAGAUCAUGACUUGAUUUAUAAUUUUGGGGCCAUGUAAUUUGUAGCUUAAUCUGUUUGCUUCUAUUUUCUCUCUCUGAAAUGGAGUGACAGUAUUACCAGCCUCACAAGGCUAUUGGACUGACUUAAAUCAUAGACAGGCUUACUUAGAACAGUACCUGGAAUAUGGUGAAUGAACAGUGAGCAGACAUUACCAUUUACUAGACUGGAUCAUAAUAGGCAUUAAAUGGUCUUGAAUCAAAGAGUGAUAGAGAUAAUAGUAAAGUGUUUACAAAGAAAUUUUUUAUUUUGACUCACUCAGUAUCUCAGGAUGGCCUUGAAUUCAGUUCUCUUAGUCAAGUGCUGGGACUGUAGGUAUGCAUGGUUAGGCCUGGCUUAGGGAACAGCUGUUUUAAUUAGGUUUUGUUUCAAAUUCAACAAAGGCUCAAACUUAUAUUUUGGGAAGUUUAUUUAGAAUACCGGCAGCAUAAAAAUUGACUCAACUUAUUCCUGUAGCUUUCUUGUUUGUUUCUGGACAUCUUUGUGUUAAAAAUGGCAUAAGGAGUGAGUGAUUAUCUAUUACAUAAAAUUUAAAAGAUAAAGAUGAAGAUUGAGAUCCAAAUCCUGCAUUCUCAUGAAAGAUUUACUUUUCUCAUGCAGCUUUUAGCUAAGGAGUAUGGUAUAAAGGUGAACUUUCUUCAGUGUUUAUGGGUUUAUGAGCAAAUUGUGUUUUUUAUGUGUGUGUGUGUGUGUGUGUGUGUAUGUGUGUGUGUUGGGGUGGCUUGGGAAUGCUAGGCAAUUGCUCUGCAUAUAGAUCUUAUCACAUUUUAAGUGGUAUCAUCUCAUGCCUUUAUUUGGUGUGUACAAAACAAAUUAUAUUUAUGUAGUUUUCUAAUGCAAAAAACAUAAAUUUGUUAUAUAGACCCUUUAGAGACUUGUCUAAAAAUAUGAAUAGUUUUAUCAACUUGUGAAUCUUUUUUCAUACUAGUUUUUUUCCUAGUAUUAGCCACCACUGAUGGUAAUUAGCUGUUAGGAAAGGAACUCAGAAAAGUCUGUGCCCAGAGUUGUUGAUACCUAAGAUCUUUGUCCUUUGAAGCCAUUUCACAGAGAAUAAAAAGUUUAUAUUUUUCCUGUAUAAAUUGAACAAAUGGCGGCCCCAACUCAAAACGCACAGAUUAAGAGUGAGGUGAACAGCAGCUGAAAGGGAAUUUGUGUGCAAGCUUGUAUAUAUUUACUGUAAGGACCCUGCUAAGUCAGUGUUUAGGCAUACAUACACGUUUGAGAUUAGAUGAUUAGAUUCCUGAGAGAUGACCCCUGGGGUUAAGAGCACUUGCUUCUCUUACAGAGGACCCAGGUUAGGUUUACAGUGCUUAUAUGAUGGCUUACAACCAAUUGUAAGUCCAGUUCUAGGGGAUUCAACCCUCUUCUGAUCUCCACAGUGCACAUACAUUGCAAAUUAGUUAAAUCUUUUUAAAAAUCUUAAGACUAUCAUCUCUUAAAAAAGUUAUCUCAGAGAAAAGAAUUCAAAUGUCAACAGUUGGACAUUUUCCAAAGGGAAAGCCAUCUGGAAAAAAAAAAGCCUACCUCUUACCGUGUACAGUCUGAGGGUUAAGGCCUCACUUUCUGAGACAGGGUCUCUGUAAUUAGACUAUUUGGGACUGUCCCUGUACAUCAGGCUGGCCUUGAAUUGAGAAAUCUGCACAUCUCUGCUUCGGAUUAAAGGCGUGUGCCACUGCACCAGACUAACGCCUUACUGUUAAAUAUAGUUCAGGGAAGCUAAUGAAAGAAACAUUUCAGUACACUGACCCCAGAUUUGGUUACACCUCCGAAAUGGUGUUUCUGCGGAACUCCUACUCCUGCCUUCCUGUCCCGGAGAAGAGCAUCUUCUGGGGAUGUUUUGUAUUUUGCCAUGGUCUUAAAUGUAGCAGUUCCCAAGUAGCUUGUCUUCUCUAUUAAUCAUCCAUUUUUGAGGCAGAGUUUUCAAUAUACAUCCCUGGCUGGCCUCAAACUCACUAUUCUCUGCUUCUUGAAUGCCGGAGUUAAAGGUAUGUGGCCCCUAGCAUGGCCAGUCUUCUUUGAAAGCACUGUUCUGAAAAGUUGUGGCCCAUCCUGUGUCAUUUUGGGUGGUAAGAAAUCAGGAAAACAAGCCCACAGACAAAGAACCUUUCAUCCUCAACGUGCUGUGGUACUGAGGGUGAAACGGCCGUAGUUCACCCAGGUAAGCACACAUUCUAUCACUGACUUACACGCCCAGCUCCAGUAAAGCGUUUCCUCCUAGAUAUUUAUGGGAGAAGUGGCCACUUCUCCCACACAACCACUGAAAGCAUUCUGCCAUUGCCCUCGGGGACAGUGGGGUGCUCGUGGGUGCACGUGCUUGGGGGUUAUUUCCCAGCGGCCGGAGAGUGCGGAGGCGGCCCAAGGCUUUGGCUUGACAAGGAAACAGACACAGGUCCACAGCGGCUGGCGUAGGCACGGACAGAGUCUUGGCCUCUGAAGACCCCCUCGGGAAGGUGGAGGAACAUGAAAUCCACCCUGCCAUCCAAGCCGCCAUAGACCUCACUGCGGGCGCAGCAGGGGGCGCAGCAUGUGUGCUGACUGGGCAGCCCUUCGACACCAUAAAAGUAAAGAUGCAGACAUUUCCCCACAUGUACAAAGGCGUCGCCGACUGCUUCCUAAGGACAUACAACCAAGUGGGCUUGUAUGGCCUUUACAGGGGAACCAGUCCCGCACUGCUAGCCUAUGUCACCCAGGGCUCUAUCCUGUUCAUGUGCUUUGGCUUUUGCCAACAGUUUGUGAGGAAAGUGGCUAGAGUGGAGCAGAAUGCACAGCUGAACGACUUGGAGACUGCCACUGCUGGGUCGCUGGCUUCUGCAUUUGCUGCGCUGGCCCUCUGCCCCACUGAGCUUGUGAAGUGUCGGCUGCAGACCAUGUAUGAGAUGAAGAUGUCAGGGAAGAUAACACAAAGCUAUAACACAAUUUGGUCUAUGGUUAAGAGUAUCUUCCUGAAGGAUGGUCCCUUAGGCUUCUAUCGUGGACUCUCGACCACUCUUGCUCAGGAAAUACCUGGCUAUUUCUUCUACUUUGGGGGCUAUGAAAUCAGUCGAUCAUUUUUUGCAUCAGGGAGAUCAAAGGAUGAACUAGGCCCUGUCCCUUUGAUGUUAAGUGGAAGCUUUGCCGGGGUCUGCCUCUGGCUUAUCAUAUUUCCAGUGGACUGCAUUAAAUCCAGAAUCCAGGUUCUUUCUAUGUUUGGGAAGCAUGCAGGAUUAAUCAAAACCUUUAUAAAUGUUGUGAGAGAUGAAGGAAUAUUAGCCUUGUAUUCUGGAAUGAAAGCCACUAUGAUUCGAGCCAUCCCUUCCAAUGCAGCUCUGUUUUUGGUUUAUGAGUACAGCAGAAAGAUGAUGAUGAGCAUGGUGGAAGAAUACUGAAGUGUCUUGAUGAGUCCUUGUCUGAGCACAUGAAUGCGAGGACCACAGCUCUCCAUGUCAAAGAGUUCAAGACCAACAUGGAGUUAUCUUUGACUGGGAAUUUCCGGUUUGUCCUCCUUUCCUCAAAUCUCAAACCUCGUGGAGAGAUCUUUGUUUAUAUCAUAUGGUUUCCUCCUGCAAUCCUACUGAAAUAGGAAAAUCACUACUUUUGUUGGCGGUGGGAUCUACAGGGUGAACCCAAGACCCUAUGUACUUAAUCUCAAUUAUCAGGGCUUCUUCAUAAAUCUCUAUGUAUGCAUCUUGAAUGGUAUGUGUUGUGAGUGAAACAUAAUUUUGUGCUCUAUUUAGUCUCAAGUAUCACCAAAGUAUCUUGAGUUGAUCAUGUUUUAUGUAUGUAAGUAUUGCUUAAUUUAUUCAAGAUGUGGGUUAUAGUUUAGAACCUGUUAAAUGUGAACUAGGCUGUUCAGGUUUUUAAAAAUCUUUAGAUGACCACCAAAACACUUAUGUCGAUCUCUAAGAAGAGAAUGUGCCUGUGUACCAGCAUGGCUUCCAUAUUCAGGUAAAACUUCAUAAUAGGCAUCCUGGAUUUUCUAUGCUAUCCUUAAAUAGUGUGGUUAAAGGAUAGUUAUAUUCUACCGGCAAUGGUAUUGUUAGGUAGGGCAAUGAGUAUCAGGAAAGAAUUUGGGAAACAGUGUGGUCUUUAUCUGCACUAAUUUCCUCAUUCUCCUCCCAAUGAAGCCAGGCUUUAGAUUGAGGAAGGAGCUAAAGGCAUGGGAUUAUAUAUUGUGCUUUGAUGAUCCAUGUAGUUGAAGAGAGUUCUAAUAGCUCCCUGCCUCUGGGUCCUGGCCUGGACAGGAAUUCAGUGUUGAGUUGGUUCAUUUUAGUUCACUCAUCAUUCUGUACCAUCACUCAUUUCCCCAGGAAACAGUAAGUAAAGAAGCCAAGAAUAGGUUUUGUUCUGUUUGGUGACAGAGUGAAGUCAUCACUUAGGCAGGGCUAAUGUGCACUUAGUAGUAACAUUAUCACAGUAAGCAAAGUGAAAGGGGUGACUUACUGAAGUUCACCUUGGGUCCAUAACUGCUUGCAGUACAAUCAGUGUUACAGCUUUCUAAAUUUGCUUCUGGUGGUCAGUGAACUUUAAUGACUGGAUGCCAUAAUAUAAACAAUGAACCAUAAUAAGAAAAGCCAUUUUUCUAAAUUCUAUGUAUGCAUACAAGCACAGAAAUUAUCUCCUAAUAAAAUCCCAAACACACCAAAACAAGAUGAAAGCCCUCCUCCCCAAAUUAUAAUUCAAUUUACUCCCAACAGACUUGGAAUUAAGCAGAUGUUCAUGGACCAUAUGAUGUUAGAGUCAUUCUUAAUAACAAUAAAGUGAGCUUCAUCUUUUUGUGUGGCUACAAGAUCAACAGUUUUUUUUUUUUUUUUAUAACAGGUGUUAAUACUUACAGAGCUGGAAGAAGGCGAGGUACCAGUUUUAGUAGCACAGACUAUAUGUGUCCUGUGCUGGGCCUCUAACUUCCUUUUUAAAACCCAUUAAGCCAUUCUGUAACUCCCAAGUAUAGUUCCAGAUGCAAGAUUCAGGGAAAUUAGAAGCUGACAAAUAAGGGUUGCUGGGGCCAGUUAGCAAGGGAUUUUGCUCUCUAUUACACCCAGUCUGCUUAGGGUCUACAGUUGUAGUUUUUUUUUUUCCCAUAUAUUUUCUUCUAGUUGAAACCAUCUGCCAUUUUACUUUGAAACUGUUUUUGUGUUUUAAGUUCCAUGCACCACUUUUUAGCCAGUGCAGUCCUCCAGCGUGGCAUCCAUGAACUGGCCUAGCAGCUCUCCUUUCAGCAGACUUGCUUCUCACAUGCUAUGCCGUAAAAGUUUAAAUGCCUUCAGUAGAAAUAAUAUGAAGCAAACAAGAAUGAAUGUGAGUAGAGGGAAGAUAAUAAGAAGCCUUUUCCAAUUUAAUUUUAUUACCCUGGGUUUAACAUUUGGGUACAUUUUGUAUCAUUUCAGAUCUCUAGGUUAGACAGCAGUAAGAUAAGUGGAAGUGGUUGGGGUCAAGUUCUCUUGUCUAAUCUUAGCUCUGGGGUGACAGGAAACCCGUGCCAACACACACUUAUGAGACCAAGUCAUGAGAUCUUGUGACUAGGUCUGAGCAGUUAAUCUACAUGAGACCAAACUUCCACCAAUCAAAAGGAAGGAUGUGUGAUGUGACCAGAUGAUAUAGAAAAAGGUAAAAUACCACAACCCCAGAUCCUAUCCUCAGAUACUCCACUCGGGUCUGUGAAAACAAAUAUAUACUCUUAAUAAACUUCACUUCAUUCUAAU